CUCAAGCUUUCAAAAUAGCAAAGCAACAGGCUUGUGCACUAACACGUGUCAGACAUUUCUUAGAUGAAGAGAACCUAGUGACAAGGUAUUUUGAAGCUCGGUUAUUCUCGAGUAGCCGACCGGGGUCAUUUGAUUUGUCUCAGGCUUCCAGCAGCUAACAUUUCAAUGGCAUCUGAAUCACCGGAGCCACAGGAGGAGCAGCCUGUUACCCACGAGCCAUUUGUGCUCAAGAUCUUGGCAACUGUGCAGGUCCAUCGAAACCUCAAUGGUCUUCGUCACAAUGAUCAUUUGAGGUAUCGUCAGUAUUGCAGCCGACGCCUUCGCCGUCUCUACUUUGCUCUACGCUUCAAGCAUGGCAAGAAUCGCUUCAAACAGGCGAGCUUUCCCGAGAAUUUUGAUGACCCCAAAUGGAUAUUCAUUCCGCUGGUCCAAACUGAACGAGCCUGGGCAUUUGGAGUCCAGUUGAAGGCAGACAAUGCAGCGGCAGCAGCCUUCAACGCUCGUUGGAGACACCAUUCUGAGCGCAAGUUUGCGAAGGCAUGCCAAUAUGCACAGCAUUUGGAGUCAGUUUGCAAAGUGCACUGUGAUCAGCGCACACAGCUCGAGGCGGAGGCCUAUGCUGCUUUCAUGGCAGGAACAUGGCUUGUGGAGCGUGAACAUUGGGCAGAGGCGAAAACAAAGCUGGCCCGUUGCAAAAAGCUAUGCGAGCACUUCAUUUUGGCAGCUGAUCAGGCCGAAGCUUCAGCCCUUCGAACGCACCUCCAGGAGCUCGCCCCCAUGCUUCGAGAAUGCAGGUACAACUUGGGAGAGGCUGAGGAAGAGGAUGAAGGAUUGUCCAAGGUGACUCAAAGCGGAAAAUCGACCAAGGACACGGAUGGAGGGAUGACCUAUCGUGGUCAUGCAGUGUCUAUCCCUUCGGAGAAGAUCAAGGCAAAAGUCAAGAUUUGCUUGGAAUCAGCCAAAGCAGUCCAGGCGGAUGCUGAUUCAGAGAACCGGGGUCCAGCUUCGACCGAGAAAUAUGGUGAAAUUUCGAUCGAAUUUGGCGAGGUGCUCAAGGACAUUCAUGGUGAGAUGAUAGCUGCAGGCGCUGAUGCUGACACAGCCGAAUGGCGGACUGCUGAGGCCUUUAUCAGAGAAGCUUCCCUUUGUUUGAGUGUUGAGCGAAACCUGAUGCUGCUAAAGUCCCAUUUGACUAAGCUGGACGACACAGAAGAUGUAAACACCAUUGACUCCAGACGCUAUUGCCGUCCGGAGGAGGGAAUGCGCUUCUGCGAGCUAAUCAAGGAAGAUCUGGCAGCCUUGGCACAACUGCCAGAGUCCUCGCCAGACUUAGAGGACAGGCUUGCCGUGUACAAGAAGGCAGUUCUUGACUACAGAUGCAUGUACCUGGCACUUUGUCAUACAGCUCUUGGAAAGCUGCUCGAGGCCGCAGCCCUCCUGGACAUGCUAACAGGAAGAAUUGAAGAGGCAGUUGGGAGUGGUGGGCCUGGACACUUGCCUCGUCUUGAAAGUCUUUUUCAUCACAUACAGCAACAACUGCCGCUUCGUGUUGCCCGAUGGCAUUGCAGAGUAUUGGUUUUGUUGGCCAAGUCCAAGAAGACGAAGAAGGAUGACGCCGAGGAACCAUCCGUUGAUGCACCCAAGACUAAACAGGAUUUGCUUGCAACCUUCCCUCCGAAGUUCCUAGAUAUACCGUGCAAGCCCCUGCUUUUUGACCUGGCCUUUCCCUGCAUAGAGCCACCAGACUUGGACGAGAUCCUCCCGAAAAAGCAAGAAGGUAAAGGUCGACAAGCUGUGGCGGCAGUUGCGGGAGCUUUGGGUGGACUUGGCAGCCGCUUGGGCGGAUGGAUGGGUAGAAAGUAAAUGGUGGUGAGUCUGGAGCGAUGAGCACAAAUAGACAUGAACCUCACCCGAGUUGUGCUACUUUCGCAGAUUUGACAUUAGCAAAGAGUUUGUGGCCAUUUGGAAACUGUUUUCAUUGCUUGAUUCCUGCUUCGAGUGUUCAAGGCUACAUUUCAUUGAAUUAUCCCUUUGCUUUGUUAACAUUUCAGUACACUUUGAGUUCUG